AUGAAUAAAAUGCCACUCUUUAGGUAUCUUCUCCUCAAAGGCCUUCCAGUUGGCGGAGCGCUUGCAGCGACAAGUUUUUUCUACACGACCCGUCAGAUUGAAUUCGUUCCUCUACCUUCUUCAGAUCCAAUCUUCCAUUCCAAAUACCACAGGAACUAUAAUCCCUCCGGCAACCCAACCAUCCAUGACUUGCAUGUUCGGAGAAUUCCAUUUUCGCAAAUAGAUCCCGUUCUUUUGCAAGACAAGCAGAAGCUUCUUGAACGAUACUGCGGUGGAGUUUGGGCCGGGCUUGGGUUCGCAAUCCAACGCAUCCUCCUAACAUGUUUCUAUAGAUCAGCAGCUACAGAGAAACAGCUCUGGUCCCCGUCCGAGCUUCUCGACUCCGAAUUUGAACCAGGAACCACGAUCGUCGAUCACUUCAAUGUCUUGGAGAAGUCGGAGAACUCAAUUCUCAUCCGGGGCGGCGAUGUAGUCUCAAAUCAGGGCCUUCGGCCUUUAGAUGCACUAAUGGAAGUUAGUGUGCAGGUUAAACCGGAAGAAGAAGUUGUUGAGUUUGGCUUCAAGACGCUAUUCUUUCAGGGAUUAGGGAAAGCGGAGGGAUCGCUGAUGCCGGCACCGGCGGUUUGGUUGCAUGAGCAGUACGCCAAAGCGAUGCUGGUUUCGGGGGUGCGAUAUGUCCUGAAAUAA